CGACUUCAGCUGCACCCUCAACCAUGUAUAUCAACAUUCUUCUGCCGCACAUGCGCGAAGCCGUUGAGGUGCAGUGCCCUGAAGCCUCUGACUUUGUGCAACUCGGCAAGGUGAUCAAGAAGGCUGUACCUGACCAAGGAGACCUCCUUCGCACACACACGGGCUUUCAUCAUAGUGCGCAAGGCUUGGAGACAGUGGUUGAUUUUACCAGCUCUGAGCGUGUCACCACAUUGAUUCGGGAUGAUGAUACCGUCGAAUUUCGCCGAGGCGUACCGGCCUACCUGACGGCCGCUGAGGAAGCGCGCCCCAUUCAGAUUGUUGACUUUGACUCAAGCUCCUCGACCUUUGUCUUGAAUGAUGCUGCUGUGACCGCUGUGCUCGAAGCAUCUGCCGUGCAGGAUCUACCCGUGGCCGUUGUCUCCCUCGCAGGCCCCUUCCGCACAGGCAAAUCCUUUAUGCUCAACUUCUUCCUCCGCUAUUUGGAAGACCCGGUCAACUGGCAGCUAAAACACUCUGACGUGGUGGAAGGUGGCUUCCGCUGGCGCCAUGGUGUCGAACGCGACACGACGGGCGUGUGGAUGUGGAACAAGCCUUUUGUUCGCAAGCUUCCCAGUGGCCGCGAAAUCGCCAUCGUUCUUAUUGAUACGCAGGGCACAUUUGACAAGCACAUGUCCAUGGACCAAAACACGCGCAUCUUCGCCUUUAAUGCGCUGAUCAGCUCGAUGCAAAUCUACAACAUCAAGGAGAAAAUUUCCGAGGAUAUUUUGCAGCAAAUGCACCUGUUCACCGAGUUUGGCGCCAUGAUUGGACGCCAGCAGUCGACUGAGCGUCCCUUCCAAGAACUGAAGUUUUUGGUGCGCGACUGGGAGUUUGAAGACUAUCCCGCUGGUGCCGAGGGUGGCCAAGCCUAUCUCGACUCAAUUCUAGCCACCAGCGAAGAUCAACCAGAGGAACUGCGGGAAGUGCGCGAGUGGCUGCGCGGCUGCUACGAGGACAUUUCCUGCUUCUUGUUGCCCGACCCGGGCAAGAAGGUUAAGAAAUCCGAGUUUGCAGGCCAGCUUGAUUUGCUGGAGGAGGACUUUCGCGAGCAUCUCGAUGUCUUUGUUCCUUCAGUCCUAAAAGACGAUGCCUUGCUGGUCAAGCGCGUGGCCGGUGAAGAAGUUACCUGCCGUGGCCUGCGCGCAUUUUUGGAGGCCUAUGUUGCCGCGUUCAACGACGGCGAAUUGCCCGAGAUCAAAUCAAUUAUGAAGGCCACAGCGGACGCCACACUGCAGGUCAUCUCCUCUCGGGCAUUUGAGACCUAUGAAGCGCAAAUGCGUGAUGUUGUGGGGCCCAGCAAGCCUUUUGUGAACACGGAGACACUCAGCCAGUCACACGAACGUAGCCGCCAGGACGCGCUGAGCCUCUUCGACUCGGCGCAACUGAUUGGUGGCUCCAAGGCCCGGGAAGCUGCUCGCGAACAGCUAGCCACGGACAUUGAGGAAGAAUUUACACGUUUGAAGGGAUACAACGCUGGUAAAGACCUGCUGCGGGGUCUGCAGACGCCGGUGGCCUUUGGCGCGCUGGCUCUGUUGGUACACAUUGUCAGCGUGGUACUGGAUGUCAUUGAGCUGGAUCCCAUUGCACACAUGCUUGCCUACGUCACGUACCUGAGCUUUGCGGCUGUUCUCGUGUGGUUUGCUGUCUCCCACUCUGGCCGCUAUCCCGAGGUGGCAGAGAAUCUGAACAAGGGAGGCGAUCAGAUCUGGCAGCUCGGCCGCCAAGGUGUCGAAAUGUACCUCUCGCACAACGGCACCCGCGUGGCGCCAAGCAAGAAGCGCAACUAAAUGGUUCUGCUUCUUUCUCCCAUCCGUUUUUUGAGUGUGCUCUUAGUUUUGUACCCAGCCUUUCAGGCUCUGCCAGAGUGUGUUUGCGUCGGUCCUUUUAUUCUGCGCCGUACUCUCUGUGUACCCAGCCAUGAACCACCUUUUUCCAAUUCGAAUCCUUUUUUG